CGGGCUGGGUACAUUGUCGCGCGGCGGCUUCCCCCCGGCCGGCCCCGCCGUCCCGCGUUCCACCGAGCGCCAGGCCCCCGGGGGGGGGGACGGAGGGCGGGCGCAGGGCCGGUGGGCGCCAGCGGCGCGCGGCGGGACCCACGGAGCCUCGCGACCCGCCGAGCCUGGAGCCGGGCCGGGGCGGGGAAGCCGGCUCCAGCUCGGAGCAAACUUCGCAGCCGGGCGGGGGGUGGCGGGGACCCCGUCCGGAGCCGGAGGAGGGGGCGGCCGCGGGCCCUCCCGCCUCUGCGCCCGCGUCUCCCGGCACCAUGCUGUCCAACUCCCAAGGCCAGACCCCGCCGGUGCUGUUCCCCAACCCGCCGCCGCCGCCGCCGCAGCCCCCCGCCCCGGCCCAGCCUCACCCCCCGGCCCAGCCGCCGCCGCAGCCCCCGCAGCAGUUCCCCCAGUUCCACGUCAAGUCGAGUCUGCAGAUCAAGAAGAACGCCAUCAUCGACGACUACAAGGUCACCACCCAGGUCCUGGGACUGGGCAUCAACGGGAAAGUUUUGCAGAUCUUCAACAAGAGGACCCAGGAGAAAUUCGCCCUAAAAAUGCUUCAGGACUGCCCCAAGGCCCGCCGCGAGGUGGAGCUGCACUGGCGGGCCUCCCAGUGCCCUCACAUUGUGCGCAUCGUGGACGUCUAUGAGAAUCUGUACGCGGGGAGGAAGUGCCUGCUGAUUGUCAUGGAGUGUUUGGAUGGUGGAGAACUCUUUAGCCGAAUCCAGGACCGAGGAGACCAAGCAUUCACAGAAAGAGAAGCGUCGGAAAUCAUGAAGAGCAUCGGGGAGGCCAUCCAGUAUUUGCACUCAAUCAACAUUGCUCAUCGGGAUGUCAAGCCUGAGAAUCUCUUGUACACCUCCAAAAGGCCCAACGCCAUUCUGAAACUCACUGAUUUUGGCUUUGCCAAGGAAACCACCAGCCACAACUCUUUGACCACUCCUUGUUAUACGCCGUACUAUGUGGCUCCAGAAGUGCUGGGUCCAGAGAAGUAUGACAAGUCCUGUGACAUGUGGUCCUUGGGUGUCAUCAUGUACAUCCUGCUGUGUGGGUAUCCCCCCUUCUAUUCCAACCACGGCCUUGCCAUCUCUCCGGGCAUGAAGAGUCGCAUCCGAAUGGGCCAGUAUGAAUUUCCCAACCCUGAAUGGUCAGAAGUAUCAGAGGAAGUGAAGAUGCUUAUCCGGAACCUGCUGAAAACAGAGCCCACUCAGAGGAUGACCAUCACGGAGUUCAUGAACCACCCCUGGAUCAUGCAAUCAACGAAGGUCCCUCAAACCCCACUGCACACCAGCCGCGUCCUGAAGGAGGACAAGGAGCGGUGGGAGGAUGUCAAGGAGGAGAUGACCAGUGCCUUGGCCACAAUGCGUGUGGACUACGAACAGAUCAAGAUAAAAAAGAUUGAAGACGCGUCCAACCCUCUGCUUCUCAAGAGGCGGAAGAAAGCGCGGGCCCUGGAGGCCGCGGCCCUCGCUCACUGAGCCGCCGAGCCGUCCUGCUCCGCUGGAGGACAAGCAAUAACUCUCGACCUGAGUCUGUUUUUUAAAUGAAGAGACACAGAACAAUCCACUUCCACGUCCCCUCCUCCUUGGCUACAUGGAGCCCUGAACCUCGUCAGAGGCUGAAUUCUGUCUUUGGUUCUGGCCACCCCAGAGAGGGAGAGACUGGGUGGUGGGAGGGCGUGGAGAGAAGGGAGCAAGAGGCUCUUGAACCUGUGCUCAUUUUGCAAUUUUAACAGUAAUUUGACUUAGAAUUUUUAUGAAA